AUGCCUCGCAGACCUUCAGCGUCUGUUGUACCCAGCGCGAACACGCCGAACGCCAGCGCUAUCCUCGUGCAUAGGACGAUAGAAUCGCAGCAUGUGUUCCCGCAGGUGCCUUCAUCAACGCACCACCACCACCAUCACCACCAUGCUCUGCAGACCCUCGGCGCUUCUGCAACUCCCCAGCAGAAGAUUGUGCAGGUCCUUGUUAACAGACUGAAGCACAAGCUUCCAUGCAACUCAGGUCUGUCGUUGGACCGGGUCGAAUCCGAUCAGCCCACCCAACAGGCGAUCGAAACACUGGUGGAAUUGUCGAAGGAUUCGUUGGAUAUGAUUGCUUGGGCUCUUAGUGAAUUACUGGACCGGCUGGCAAAGCAAACCGAUUCUCAUACCGGUCAUUUGACAAUCGAGGUCCUGCAGUCUCAGCUUUUUAUCUUGAAGGUGCUCUCCAUGACCAUGGCAUCGCGAUGGUCCCAGAAUAUGGGAUCAGCAUCUCGUCAGGCGGACGACCAAAUGUUAUCUUCGCCCGACUCUCCGCUCCCACCUGGUUCAGCAGGAAACGGUCGACGCCAGGCUCCUUCAGAAUACUCAUCAACCUCAUCGUGGCAAGAACCUCCGCCUCUCGAUGACUCAUGCGUCAAGUACAUCCUCAGCGUGAUGGUCUUGUUCAUGCGGCAGACAUCCUCCGCUGACGUCCCCCUCAUGCUUCAAACGCGAUCCACAGAUAUUUCGUUUAGAGAUUUCGAGGACAACAUCAGCAUGGCCUCAGCUGAACCAUCUCAGCAAACGCCUGUGCAAGACCCUCCGCUUCGAACGCAGCCUUCUUCCAACUCUGUCAAGUCGGCCAAAGUGAGCAUCAAGUCGACCAUGCACAUCUCUGCCACGAAUACGGCCUACGAGAAGACUCACAUGUCACUUGUCAAAUCAUCGCUGUCGGUCAACAACUUGAUUGCGAAGUAUGUUGGUCGCAUCAUCUUCCAUAUCUCGGCAUCGAACUGGAAUGUGGUGUUUGACCGGCUCUCGACAAAGAUCUCGUUUCUGGCCGCACAUCCCGAAGCAAACCCUGACAUUGUGGACCUUCAACUUAUGUCACACAGCUUGUUAGAUAGACAUCGGCUGGUGUUGCUGCUCAAUCAACUCUCAUCGUUACUGGUCAACAUGAGGAAAGAAGCUCAACUUGCGAUCGCAGUCCAUUUGAGAUCUGCUGUCUGGAAUUGGAUAGAUAUUUUCCCAAGCGAGUUCAACGAGGCCAUCAGGACUCGAGGGAAGACUGAAGGAGCUCCGGAGCGUGUCUUUGACCUCCUUUACUCAUUGGUCCCUCCUGGAAGCGAGAAGAUAUUCUGGCCAACCUUGACUAUUCUUAACUGUAUCACCUCCGAUAGGAUAUCCGCCGAUUUUCAGUUCGGCGGCGCGAAUAUACACAAGAAUCGAAAGGAGGGCAAAUUCGGCGAAAUGGUUGUGAGGCACAUCAACAACAAUUCAAAGCUUUCGGAGGUUGCGCUGGCUUGUUCAGUCGACAUGUGCCGCGCUGCUGCAUACAUUGACACGACCUCGGAGGUGCCCCUGCGACUCAUAGCUGCCGACAUCGCGCACGAAAUCAAGGGCGUUCUUUACAGCUCUGGAACAAGUCGCAAGGCAUUUUGGGAGUCGUACGAUGACAUCGACGUGGCUCUCUAUUCGGACGCUCUAGUGGCCGUUUUCCGGUUUCUGCCUAUCGAGGAUUCAGGUCCGCUCUUUGAAGCCUGUGUCGAGCCCGAACGUUCUGAGCCUGUCAAGACCUGUGUUAUUCGGGCCUGUCUGACGAUAGUCCAGGAUAAGUCUAGGUUUCUUUGGCAGAAGACUCUCGAUGACCUGCCAGCCUCAGUCGCUGCUCGUUGUCGAGAUAUCCUGAAGAGCGCCGGAGUACGACGCGUCGACGUCGACCAACACAACAAUACGAAACGCGUUGCCACGCGACCCAAGGCAAAGCGGAUAUAUCCAGAACCAUUGUCUGACAGAGAAGUCCUUAUCCUAGGAAUUCUCUCGCUCUGGCGUGCUAUUCCCGUCUUCUUCAUGACAGGGAUAAUUAGCGUGGAGGAUGUUGACAACUGGAACACAGUCGCCGUCCGGUUGUGGGAAGCACCGAUCGACAUUUCUGUGAAGAUAUCGACGGCGAGUUGCAUGCGUAGAGUCUCAGAACAGACUUUCUUGACGCCGGCUACGGACCCAAAUUAUUCGUUGUUGAUUGGAAUCGUCAAGUCUUCUUUGCCAUUGACGUUGCUUAGCGUUGUUGGAAACCUGCUAACAACACGGACUGAUUUGGAGGCUCAACGACUAUGGAUUUCUAUCGCACAUCAAGUCAUCGAGGUUUACGUCACGAAGAGCGAUAUGCAACACGUCAAGGAAGUACAAGUUGACCCCCGUCGUAUUCCAGCGUUUGGGUUGGCAGAAAUUGCGUUCUUAGUAGCCCUGACGUCUGCGGAUAACGGAAUCUCCCAGCUGGCGGCCAAAGGACUUCGGCUACUUGCUUAUGCAGAACGUCAACAAAGCGCCCCUAUUAAUAUGACGAUCACGGAUGAAGAACGUUCGAAACGAAAUCCGGUCUAUGAACAACUUGGUGAUCCUAGGAUCACUGUAGUUGGUCGUCUGGGCCAUCAGAAAAGGAUUCGCAAACUAGUUCGUAUGCUUUCCUUCUCCACGGGCAUGCAUAUAGUUGUUUGGGAGGAAUGUUACUGGCGCUGGCGUGCAUUGAACGAGUCGAUCAUCACCGCUUUGAGUGAGUUGGGAAUGCACGAUGGGCAGGAGAGUGCCCGCAGCCAUAUGACGCCAGCGCAACAGGAAAUUCGGUUUCAAUGGCAGAACUUAACACUAUAUCUUGCUGCAUUAGGAGGCUCCUGCCUCCGAGAAAACCAGGAUCUGGGCGCCUUGGGGAAGGUCAUUCCGCCUAAGUUCUUGCCAGAUAAGAUACGUGUCGUGCAGAAUCCGAUUCCACUCGUGGAAGACUUCGUCGCCGAUUUGAUAUCGUUGCUGGUCAAAGGGGAUAUGCAAAUACGAGACAUCGUUCGGGAUGCACUUGGCACUGAACUCAGUCCUCGUUUAUACGGCAAAGUCAUCAGGAACCUAGAGGACACUUUGCAUUAUCUCACGGCCUCAGAAGAGACGGCGGGUGACGUUGAAACGUACUUGGUGGUUGUGGAGCAGAUGAUAGCAAUUCUCAAGCUGAUUGCGGACAACAAUCAAGUCGCUCUAGAGGAUGUCAUGGCUGUCGACAUGAGCCCGAUUAUGCUUUCUUUGGGCAGAAUCACCCAUCGUUGCGCAGGCUCACCCUCUAUACUGCGCAUCAAGAUCAAGUACUGUUCUCUGUGCGAAAGUGUGUGCAACCGAUCAGAUACGUUAACUUUGCGAAGAGAUACUAGUGUCCGUCAUGAUAUACUGGACAUCGUUCUACAAUGGAUGCAACCGGCCAAAUCUGCGACAGACCACUCUAAUCCUACACACAACGACCUCAAUAUGGCAUGCCUGCGUGCGGCUGUCAAGCUACUAGAUCGCUUGGAUCUUAAAGCUGUCGAUGCUUCCUCCAGUGCUGAUGAUGGCGGUCAUGCUGUCUUCCGCCAUUUCAACAAAUAUUCGACUGCGCUGCUAACCAGCAUUGAAACAUGUCAACCCGAUGUCAUGGCCUCCGAUAGCAUGUCAGACCUUGGCUCAAUCCACCAGAGGAUGCGAGCUUCCCAAAAGGAGGCCGAACUUCGCGAGCUUGUGAUCACUGGCUUGACCCAUCUAGUUAGCGCCAGCAGCGAAAGCGGUUUUAAACAAUGUUUGCCCCUUGCAUAUGAUCAAGACAAUCGCAAGCGCACCAUUUUUGCCCAUGUUUUUGCCAGGGUUAUUGGGCAAGGCACUGUUUUCGACCCGGAGGACAGAUCAUUGACCAAAACGAGGCAUACGGCGUUAUGUGAUUUGGUCCGGGGUUCGGAUAUGGUCCUUGCCAUGACUAUUUGCGAAAUUUGCCCACCAGGCGAAGUGGAGAUGAUGAUUUCUGUCCUCCUGAAUAUAUUUGAUUCUCGAGCAUCUCUCAUGGGUCUCAUCAAGCUUAUAAUUGAACGUGAAGUCAACCAGACAGACAACGAAGCGAGUCUCUUCAGAAGCAAUUCGACGUGUUCUCGGUUCCUAUCGGCAUUUGCCAGGCUGCACGGCUACAAUUAUCUUAGGAGUUUGGUCCAACCUCUCCUUGAUACGAUGCUAGCAAUGCCUCCUGGAUCAGGCUACGAAAUUGAUCCAACCAAAGCAGCUGGUCAGGACAUAGUUCAAAAUCAAGAAAAUGUAGAAUAUGUCGCAUCAACAUUCCUGACUUUGAUGUCCUCCUCACUUCCGACAUUACCUAGCAUGUUCCGUGAGAUAUGCGCCCAUAUCGCCAAGGUUGUAGCGGAGGUCUGGCCAGAAGCAAAGUUUGCUGCUAUGGGAGCCUUCAUCUUCCUGCGCUUCAUUUCCCCUGCAGUUGUAACGCCUGAGACGAUAGAUAUCGAAGUUCCGAAAGAUGAAAACAGUUAUGUUUUGCGCCGCGGUCUCAUGGUCAUCGCGAAAAUCAUUCAAAACCUGGCGAACAACAUCUUUUUUGGAAAAGAGGCGCAUAUGACCAUUCUGAACAAGUUCCUUGAAAGCAACAUAACCAAUGUCACGAGGUUCCUUUCUGAAUUGCAUAAAUAUUCAGGGGUCAGCGACGAGACUGACAACUGGUCUGGAACAACAACCGAUGAAUCCGAUGUCAUUGUUCUCCACCGAUUUUUCCAUAAGCAUGCAGACAAAAUUGGGAAAGAACUGCUCAGUCUGUCGAAGCCGACAGUUGACGGAGAUUCGUCAGCUAUCACAGGCAAACGUGCAUGGGAUGGCCUGUGUGCACUUCUCGUAGAUCUCGGCCCUCCAUUAGAAGUCCCCCGCCUUUCCACUGCUACCUCUUUCCAGCAUACGGACUUCAUCAAUCUUAUGACCCGAUUUGCAAAUCGAAACACCUCUUCUGUCGAGCAUCUCUUUCUGGAGACAGAUGUCCAGGAAAACACAGCUGUGUUUGUUCUUUCUUUUUCUAGAAUCAACGUGGAGGGUCUCGAUAUCGAACUCCUGAUGUAUCACAUCCUCAAGACCUUAAACUCAGAGUCGUACCGUUCACGCUCGUUCGACAUCAUUCUGGACUGCACUUCCUUCACUGCCAACUCAGAAGUGCCUCUCCAAAAUCUUAAAUACUGCGCCGAGCUCAUUCCUUUGGAUAUCCGGUCGCGCUUUGCUGCCACCCGCAUUUUAAAUCCCAAUACUCUUACGCAGAAAUAUUUGCGUCGAUUGUAUAACAUCUCAGCUGGGACGCCCCUCUGCAAUGAGGUCAAAGCCUACACUUCAGUUCUUCAGCUCAUGGAAGACGUGAGAACACUCGCCCUUCCAACAUUAGCUUAUCCAGUAUCUCUUGAACAAGAGGCACACGAAAGCUUCUCAGAUGUUACACUGAAAUCCUCUGUACGAAUUCCUGUCGUUGUACGUGUCGGAUCCAGCCACAUACGUGUCACCUCUGUGAAAUCGUUACCUAUUUCUCCUGGUCUAUCGUGCAAAUCGACGGAAUUAAUUCCCCUGACCGACGUGAGCGACAUCUACAACGUGUCGACGGGUGCGGAACCCUACGAAUUUAUUAUCCGUCGGAGGCAAGGUUUAACUCUAUACCUGUCGUCCCCUGCAAGAGAGCAAAUUGUGAAGACCAUAAGAUCUGCCAAAGGACGUCUCAAAGAAGUUCAGGCUCCUAUGACAGAACGAUUUUCCCGGUUCUCGAACGUGCCUGCUACUCUCCUUCACAUCGGUUUUCUCAGCGUCGACCUAGACGACGAGGAACUGCGCGGUGCUGCCUAUGAUUUAUUGGGGGCCGUCUGUAGCUAUCUCAAGUAUGACAAGAGCCCGAUCGUGGCCAGCAAAGUUGGUUUUAUAUCAGGCGAUCCUAUCGCCUUCGUGUUACAACUAAGCGAAAAGCUAGCCGAGUUUGCACCCCAGUUGACUCUAGAUUUCAUCCACGAGGUGUCUGCUGCGAUGACAAGUAUGGACAAAUCAACAGGUUCUCGUCGCAUUGGCUGCCUUCAGUACAUGAGUCCUUGGAUACAAAAUCUUUCGCUAUUUGCAAACGCGACCCAUCCUUUGUUCGAACGAUCUGGUGCUCGUCUUAGGGAUUGUAUUCGCACUCUCGCCGAUCUCUCUCUUGCCUUCCCUGAGAUUACUUCCAGCAUCCAGAAGUAUAUUUGGGCAGAGGUUGCCAAACUAGAUUCAAUCAUCGUUGAUGCCAUUCUCGAUGAAUUGGUGCGAACAGCGAUUGAUAGCGGCAUUGGUACUCGACGAUGCGAAACCAUAUCGCAUAUUGUUGCUACCCUCUCAUCUAUUAAUGUUCGCGGUCGGAUCUAUUCAAAGUUGCGGAAGGCCUUGAGUAAGAUGCCACCAAAAAUCUCCAAUACCCUCCUCGAACAUCCGAAUUGGAACGAAGUCUCGACUCUUAUCCGACUCUCUCUUGUCAUUAGCUCUCAGUCCACUCAGUCGGGGCACAAUUACCUUUAUGUUCCAGAAAUCGUUCAUCUGGUAUCCUUGACCGCUGCCGAGGGUCCUUCCCUUGUACGAAAGUCGGUGUAUGGCAUCAUCAUGAAUCUACUCCAGUCUCUGUAUAUUGCCCGCCCAGACGACAGCACGGAACCCGGAUUAAUACAAUUGACCAACGAUUGCACCUCAGCAGAAACUCUCCGGCUAUUUGGCCUUCGACGAGAAACUCCUACAAGCGAAUACACCAACAUUGACCCGGUCAACGAGAAAGACUGCCUCGACGCUCAAGAACAAUUAGCCCAACUCCUAAUCCGUAUUCUCAACGUCUCUGCAGGGACCAUAGGCUUAUUGAAUGUUUGGAGGGCACGAUGGAUGAGUCUUGUAACAUCAACUGCCUUCCAACAAUCUGCAGCAGUGCAGACACGAUCAUUCGUGGUCCUUGGAGCUCUUGCAGUGGAUGCAGUGGAUGACGACUUCCUAUAUCAAAUCCUUGUGGCCUUCAGAAGCGCGUUAUUGAAAGCCAACGAAUCUAACACGAUGGCCAUCGUCAGCAUGUUGAGAUGCAUGUGCAAGAUUGUUCCUGCCAUUGUGGAGACUUCGCGUUACGUUGGAGUUCUAUUCUGGCUAGGUGUCGCGCUACUUCAAGCCAGCCAUCUCGGCUUCUACAUCGAAGCAACUUGCCUUCUACGAGUCACCCUGGAAAGCAUCGAACAGUCAGGCGCCUUCAAAGAGACCUCUGUGCAAGCCUUCUUGUUGGAACAGCGGGAAAUUCUCGAGGAAGUAACGUCACAGUUGGACGAAAUGCUCAGAAUAUCCUUCGAAACGAGCUUCUCCUUCUCGUUGGCCUCAGUCAUCUUCCGAGGAAUGCGACACUCAGGGUUGAAGGAGUCUGCAGAGGCCGCACUACGGGUGCUGCUGAGAGUCACGUCGGGAGCGCACGACGCCAACUCCGAAAUUCCCAACGGCUUUAAGGAUAGCCCUUGUCCAGAAGCAUUGGGUUACUUUAUCGCUCUUCUCCCGGUUUCAACGACCGCAAAGUCGUACCGUCGACUCUUGAAGGACUGUCAUGUUGACGAUGCAUGGGUCUCGGAUGCAGGCUUGCCGGAAGGUGACGACGAUGAUACGGGAACACCUUGUUUGACUCCUACUAUUCUUGGCAUCCAUGACUCGAAUACCGCACUUUUGGUAGCAUCUUUCGUUGGGACGAUACUUACGACAGCUCAAGGAGAUGAUGCGGAAACGGAAAUUCUCUACGGCUUGCUCUCAAGCCUGGCCAACUCCUACCCCGAGAUUAUAGCAAUAACAUACGAGAGCAUGCAAGACCGAAUCAAAGAGACCUUCGCCAACUCAUCAAACGCUUCCAUCAUCCGCUCCGUUUCGAAUAUAUUCCGCGUUGCAUUGCAGGAUCCAACGCGGUCGAGCAAUACGAGCACCAAUGUCGGAUCCACUUCUACUCUCGGCACCCUGGACGAGAACUCGAAUAGUCCCGGUCGCUCCCACCUGCUUGCCCUAGAAGAGCUAGGAAUGCAAGGGUUGGCAAACAACUUCCAAUUUCUCCCCCGCGGCCACGCAACGAAAAUGAUCAACUGGAUACCCAGAUUGGUUUCGCAUAUGAUAUCUUAG